AUGUCCGACCAGGCACCGCCUGAUCCGGGCCGCGGCCCUCCGGAGCCGGCAGCGACGGGACAACCACGUGGCGACGCGGUGGCGGAGGCCGAUGCCGCCGAGGGACCAGCGAACCCCGGCCUAGCGCUGUAUCAGGAAAAGCGUGAUGAAGAAAAGAAGAGGAAAGAGGAUGUCGCGAGAAUCCUGAAGAUGAUCAGUGUCGAAGAUGGCACACGCCAGGGCACCCGCAUCCUUGUGCUCAAAGACGCACUCGGCUUCGGCAAGGACCGGGCCACCUCCCUGCGCUUCAGCGCACUCAAUGCAACGAAACCAAUCGCCGACACGUCUGGUGCAGUUCUGGAAGUCACGUUCGAACACACCGGUGUGGCCACCGAACGCGAGAAGUCCGAGUUGUACUCGAAGGUGCUCCGUACCCUGUCGCCCGACACGUCGUUGUGUUUUAACCUGCCCGCAGGAGUUGUCCUCCCGCUCGAGCUCCAGAAAUACGCUCCAAUCAUUCAUGGAGUCGCACCGGAAUCGAUCAUCCAAAGCGGUAACACCCGGUUCAAGUUCGUGGUGCGCUGCGCUAGCGCAGCGGCGCUCGACCAAGUCCACGACGCGGCGACCAAGAUCGAGUGGAAACGCUCCUUUGCCAAGUCCGCAAGCGCUUGGCGUUCGUCAAAAACGUCGUCGAACUGCGUUUCAUUAUCAGUCCUGAGGCCGAAUACACGAACGACGACCUCUGGAACAAACUGCAAGGCGUCGUCGCCAAGCUUACCGGGGACGGCCACAAGUGCGACUUGCUCCAACUCCAGCAGCCUCUAACGGUCGUUCAAGGCUCGUACCUCGUCGCUCGAGGAAACUACGCGGCCAUCGUCCAGUUCGACGACGACGACCUGUUCAAGAACAACGGUGCUCAACUUCGGCAGGUUCUACCGACGAGGAUCGACCUUCGGGGACGACUCGCAACACUCACGCCCCUUCGCCACGACUACGAGGCCGAAGCCUCUUGCCGCCGAUGCGGUUUUGUAGGCCACUCCGACAACUGCGUUCAAAAGCCGGUCCAGCGUCAGCAGGCCGCCCAGAAAAACAACAACAACCAAAGGCCCCAGGCCGAGCCCCAAAGCAACAUCGAGCACACCUCGACCCCCCAAAAACAACGCAGAGGUGAUGUAGCCUCUCCCUCUCCCCCAAUGUCUCCUGUCGCGUCCAAGCGUUCAAAGAAGAACGCAUCUCCCUCAAGGGACACUAACAACUCACCACGAGUCUACCCUACUCGUUCACAAAGCUCUACACCCACAGCAUCCGCCCCUCGCGGUUUCAUCGUCGCCGCAAACCCAUUCGCAAGUCUGGCCGGCGACGUGGCCGAGGAGGCGCAGGAGGAGCCCGCUCAGGCCCUCGAGGACGACGAGGACGCGAUGAGCGUAGUCGAGGCACAGCUGGAACAACAGCAGGAGGUGCCGCCGUUGGAGCCUUCGGAUCUGUCGGAUCUGCAGGACCGCGGAGCGGAGGGGAACCAGGAGGAACACACGGAGACGAGUGACGCGGAAGAAGGGGAAUCGCAGUCGGCCGAGACGGGCGCUGUGCCUGAGGUUGUUUCGACGACUCCUGAGCAUACCCCUGAGCUGACGCGGUCCCGAUCGGCCAGUCACCAUCAGCUUGAUAUGGACGGCCUUCCCGACGACUGGAUGAAUCGUGUGUCGGAUCGCGAGCGCAAACAGGAUGCCGCUCUGUACGAUGAGAUCACCGAGUUGGACCGCACCCCGUCUGUGACCGGUUGGAUGCCUUUGCCGUCUCCAGGUCCAGUGUUUGAUCCCGAGCCCGAGCCCAAGCAGGAGGCGGACGAAGGAAGUUCCCAGGGUCUUCGCCGGUCCGAGCGUAUCCAGCGUCUCACCAGCGUCGCGCGCACAUCGGACUGGAACGAAUCGACCGCCGCGGACCCUCUCCCCUCACCCACAUUCGGACCUAUGUUGUCCAUUAAGGGAGCUGCUGCUGCAACGAGGGCGCGAUCGUAAUGAUUGAGUUUAUCAUCAUGACCUGGAACGUCAACAGGGGCUUCAAUACCCCUGAACGACGUCGUCUGCUUCUUUCGUAUCUCACUUCGCUCACACCUCCCCCUUCUGCGAUCCUUCUCCAGGAACACAAUGUUCCUAAAUCACGACAAUCUCACAUACGCCACGAGUACGCCCAGUCCCACCAGGGCGAGGCCUACUUUUCUCAACACUGCCUCACUUUGAUUCCAAGCUCUUCUCCUCUUCUCGGUGGUCAUCGUCGCUCGCGCCAGUCUCUCGGCGGGCGCUUGCUCGUGACCACCUUCGAUGUGCGGGGUUCGACGGACGUCGUCGAACUCAACAAUGUCUACGCUCCGGUUCAACCCGCCGAGCGCCUCCUCUUCUUCACCUCCCUUCACUUUCGGGCGACCGUCUCCUCUCACAUUCGGUUCAUCGCGGGCGAUCUCAACGACUGCCCUAUUCCCGCGGUGGAUCGAGCGCGACAGGUGGACCGCCCGAACACCCACCACUGGCCCGUGCUUAUGUCUCGGCUCGACGGGGUGUACACGGAUGCCAUUCGGCUCAUGCACCCACUGUCGCCGGCGACCACGCGCCCGCAUCUCAGCAAGGACGGCCGGCUCAUUUCGCGCGCGCGCAUCGACUUUGUUCUGGUGCAGCGGCGACACGAGCGACGGAUCGUUUCUGCUUCCACUCUGUACAAUAUCUCUCGAUCCAUGUCGGAUCAUCGACCGGUUACGGUCACAUUUCGGCUUCGCGCAAGUGGUGCCGAGGUCGAAGAGGAGCUCUGCCUUCCCCAGGCGGCUCAUUUUCUGACCCGCAUCAACUCGUCGACCUUCAAACACGCCGAGUUUAAGGAGUUCGUCACUCCUCUCCUUGAGCAAGCACCGUCUGGGGAUCCGGUCGCGGACCUUCAGCGCGUACUCUCGGAGUCUCGGGUCCAAGCUCUCGAGCUGUCUCGGCGUCUGUAUCGGGAGCGCAACGCCCUCGAGAUGAUGCUGGUAUCUCGACUGCAGGACAUUGAGUCUCGUCGGGUGAUGAGCCCCUUUGACGUCAUCGACUGGACGAACACCCACGACGCUCUCUCCAAGCUUGUGAACGAGCGCGCAAGGCAGUCCCGGAUCAGGGCGCAUAUGCCCGAGAUUGCAUCCGAGGAACGUCUCAGUCGUCCGGUACAUGCCAAACUGGCUGCUCGGUCCCGGGAUGUGAAGUUUCAGAGUAUCCGGCUCGCUGAUGGCGAGCUCACCACUGACAUUGAGCGCGCGCUCGAGCACACCCAUUCUCAUUUCCAGCAGCACUACCUUGUCGAAGCGAAGGAUCCGGAACAGGUCGUGACGAUGCGGGAUGAGCUCUUGGGACCCAUCAGAUCAGCAAGACCUUGUGACGACCCGCUUUCCGACGCUCGCUUCCUUCGGCGCUUCUCGAAUUCGCACGUCGACAUUCUGGCCGAGCCCAUCAGCGAAGCCGAGGUGCUCGCAGCGAUUCGAACCACGUACGAAGGUCGAUCUCCGGGGCCUUCAGGGGUCCCCUAUGAGAUGUAUCGAGCCUGCCCCUUGCUUUGGGCCCCUCUCUUGACUCGAGCCUACAACGAGCUGAUUACUCGAGGCUCCCUUACUCCACAACAGAGCCAGGCCAAUGUGCGCCUCUUGUUCAAACACAACAAACCUGGUGCAGCGCGGUGCGACCUCAAAUCGUAUCGUCCGAUCACCUUGCGGGAAUGCGACUACAAGAUCUUCACCAAGGUCUACGUGGCUCGUCUGAACCGGAUCCUCCCCGAUGUUCUUCCGGCCGGACAGCAUGGGUUCGUCAAGGGGCGAAGACCAGCGGGCGCGGCUUUGCAUCUGAGGCUCCUGAUCGACGAGAUUAGGGGUCGUGGGGCAGAGUUCCCGACAGCAGCGCUCCUCUCCCUGGAUCAGAGCUCGGCUUACGACAUGGUCGAGCGCGAUUGGGUCUUUGCGGUGUUUGAGGCUCUCGGCGCGCCGGAAUCCUUCCAGCGCGUCUUGCGGAUGCUCUACAACGGCGAGACGUCCACAGCGCGGUAUAUUGUCAACGGUUUCCUCACCGAGACGGUACGACUCCUGUGCGGUCUUGGCCAGGGCGAUCCUCUCUCUUCUUCUGUCUGGGAUGUGGUGUUCCAGCCCUUCCUUGAUUCUCUCAGUCGGCGCAACAUUGCGCUGACUAUCACUCUUCCGGAGCUGGCUCCUCGUCCGCAGACUCGAUGCAUCACCAAUUUGGCGUUCGCGGAUGACGCCGUCGUCGCUGUCGCUGGACCGGAAGCUAUUGCUUCGCUCGAGGCGUUAGCUCGGGAUUGGCGACUCGCGACGAACGGACGUCUAAACACCGACAAAACCGUGGUGAUGCCAUUGGGCGCGACGUUGUGGGAUCGCGCGGACUUGUCCAAACUGUCGUUCGUGGCACCGGACGAGUCUCUUCCCUGGAUCGGUCUCCAGUUUGCGCCUGACGGCAACAACAGGCUGGGAUUCCAUGAUCUUGAGCGAAGGGUUGAUCGAGUGAUUCUAUCGGUGCGCGACCGAUGGAUGACGCACCAUACCCGGGCUUUCUAUCUCAACCGCUACGGCAUCUCCAAGGUGCUGCACUCUCUCUCCGCCGACAUACCGCCAUCCGACGUGAUCAAGGCGAUCGAGCGCAAGCUUGCCGACUUUGUGAAGGGAGGACCGCGGUGCAGCGACUACAAGCAAUCGGUCGUCUUCACGGCACGGGCGCGAGGUGGUCUCAGCGUCGUGAGCAUCCAAGAUGUGGUGGAUUCAGUCUCGGUACGGAUCUGGGACGUGCUGGCCGGCGGGUCAACUGCGAUUUGGGGCGAUCUGGCUCGGAGUUCCAUCCGGCGAGCGCUUCCGACCUUUGACUUUGUUGCGGAUCUGUGGACGUGGAGGAACGCCGACUUCAAGCUGGCGUACCACUUCACGCCAACGCGGAAGCGCCAGUUUGUGCAGCGGCAUGGCGACUCAGCCUGCUGCCUUGUGCAGGCAUGCAGCCUGGCAGGGGUGGAGGAUGACUUUACUCACUUUUGGCAUGAUUGCCCUGACUCUUCUCAAUUUUGGCAAGCAGCUAGGUCCAUUCUCUGCGACGCGCUGGGGGUCGUGUCGAUCCUCGACCUCGACUACACAGCACUUCAGAUCGAGCACGGCCUCCCUCGACUGCGCGCUCGCCUUCCGGCGUCGAAACAGCGCCCAAUCCGUGCCUUCAUUGCGCUGGCGCUCGACACUCUCAGCAACCGACGCUGGGAUCUCCAUCGCCACGCCAGAGCGAUGUCGAGCAUGGACAAGGAGAUGGCCGGACUGAAGGAGAGGUUGGAGCUCAGAUUGGCACGAUGA